AACAUAACAAACUCAGGUUUAGAAAAAACAUACAAUCAGUCAACAUUACGCGAAUUUUCCAAAUUUUCUUGAAAAUUCAGCUAAAUAAAUUUAAACAAAGCGAAUUAAAGUGUCUUGUUUUGCGUAAUAUAUAACAGUUCCGUAGUUUAUAUCAAAUUCCUAUCACCAUGCCAAAGAAGUUUGUUGGUGAAAACAGCAAGGCCGUGGCAGCUCGGCAACGCAAAGAGGAUGCCAAGACUGAAAAAGAUGCGAAACUCAAGAAGAUGAUCGAAGACGCGGCGUGGGAAGACAACGACGACAAACUUAAAAAGAAACAACAGAAAAAGGACGAACAAGAAAAGAAGCGUCUAGAGCAGCUGCAGAAGAAACAAGAAGCCAAAGCUCUUUUAGAAAAGGAGAUGGAAUCCAUAAAGAGCACCCCAAAGGUUGCUCCCGCACCCAAGAUCACACGCGCGCAGAUUGCCAAGAUCCAGGAGAAGAGUGUCAAACCAGAGCCUCCCAAGCCAGUGCCUGCCCGAGUAGUCGUUGAGGAGCCUCCACUGGAGGAGAAUCUCAACCGGAUACAGUUGGACGGAGAGGUGGCACAGUCCGUGGAUGAGGCUAUAUCUCUACUCAGUGAUAAGGCAGAAAUCGACAGGCAUCCCGAGAAGAGGCUAAAGGCUGCCUACACCGCCUUCGAGGAAGUCACCAUGCCGCGCCUGAAGGCGGAGAACCCCACGCUGCGCCUCUCCCAGCUCAAGCAGCUGCUCAGGAAAGAGUGGCUCAAGUCUCCGCAGAACCCGCUCAAUCAGAAGAUCAGUGCUUAGGUUGUGUUAUUGAGCUAGUCAUUUUGAGUGACACUAAAAGCACUCUGAAACUAUUAUAAAAUAAAAAUCCCCAAUUUCAUUAACUUGCACAAUAAAAAAUGUAUGGGCUAUGAAAAAUCUUUUGCAGGCAAAAGUUGGCCAUUAGACAAAUCUUCACCUAGGUGAGAUUACAAGCUCACAAAAUUUAAAUUACCUUAUAGAGAUUAAACCUAAAGCCCUACCUAAAUUUAUUAGAACAUAUAAGAGGAUACGGGAGCUGAGAUUUAAAUAUUUUAGGUGAAUAUAUAUCUGUCUCCUCUCCUAAAACUAGUGUGAUAAGGACAACACCAGGUUAGACGAAAACCUGCGUAAAAAUCUCAAAUAACGAUGUUUUGUACACUGUUUCCUCUGACUUAACCAAAUGUAACGAAAUUUUGAGAUCUAAACAACACAACCAUGCCAAGCCAUGCCAUGGGUGGCAUGGACAGAACAACAUGGAAAUCCAUAAAAGAGGCAUAUGUUCAGCUGAGAAGAGGAGUUGUCUCUUAAACACACCAAGGUUUCCUAACGUGUGCACAACGCUUAAAGAAACUCGUAAACCAAUCUCUUACACAUUAUUUAUUAAAAAGUCUAUAGACUAAACCCUUUGUACUGUAAAUAAGAAAUAUAUUGAUUACAAAUCA